GGUCACUCUGUAUUUCUGUUAUGAUUUUGUUCGGAACAGCCGGGAAUAGUUAGAAUUAUAUAAUUAUAACUUCAUAAAUAGCUUCAAGAAUUAAAAUAACAUUCAUAACUGAAAUGUUAACACUUUUGGGAAGAAUGCGUGCUCUUGCCGUACGGCAACAAACUGGAGAAGCAUUCCGCUGCCUCCACCUGACCGCGGUCACGGAAGCAGCUCGCAAAGGCACUCGUGAGAAGGCACGUAAAAAAAAGGUUAAAGUGGAGGUAAAGAAAGUUGGAUUCAUUCCCCACAAUCAGCGUGACAAGAAAAUUAACGUUAAACGCGCUGACAAACACGUGGAUGACUCCUGGAAGCAGGUGCCCAAAGAUGAUGUCUACGUGGGACGCUAUUAUCGCUGGCCUGUUUAUACAGUAGCUGAGGCCAUACAAUGCCAUAGAGAGACGCAUCACCCAAGCAUGUACAAUGUGCCAAAUGCUUCGCUGAACGUGGAAAUUGAGCUGAAUAUGCAAGGUGAAAAGGCAACACGAUUUGUGGAUAACUUCCAGCGCAUGGCUAUGAUACCGCAUAAGUUUAAUCACGGCGAAGAACGUAAGAUCAUAGUAUUCACAAAAGGAAAUGAUGAAAUUGUUGAAGCGCGCGAAGCAGGCGCCACACUCGUGGGCGGCGUGGAGCUAAUUAAGGACAUAACGGGCGGAGAACUACUGCUGUCUGAUUAUCAAUUCAUUAUUGCACAUCCCAACAUACUUCCAGAGCUCGUUGCACUCCGUGGUUUGAUGAAGCGCAAGUUUCCCAAUCCAAAGAGCGAGACACUUGGCGUAAAUCUUGCUGAAAUGAUUAUUAAAUUCUCGAAUGGCAUCAGCUACAGCGCAACUAAAGACGAAUAUCAGCAGAACUUCGGCUUAAUUAAAGCCAGCGUGGGCACGCUGGAUAUGGAUGUACAGCAUCUAGAGGAGAAUAUACGUUUUCUGUUGCAGGAUGUAAACACAAUGAGACCCAAGCGUGAUGGACGCUUUAUAACUCGUGUACUACUCAAGAGCCCGCCAAGCAGUGAACAACUAAAAAUUGAUCCAUUUGUAUAUAUACCUGAAUUAUACGACAAGACUGCUGCCAAAAUAAGCAGGGAAGCAAAGAACGAAGCAGAACCAGCACCGCAACAAGCACUGGAAGCGGCAACUGCAUCAAAUUAGUUCAUAAUUUAUUAUUGUGUACUCACAUAAUCGGUUGCUUUAUUGCUAAAUAAUCCAGUUGCGCAUUGAUAGUCGGAAUAC